AUGUACCUGAUCACUGUGUUUGGAAAUCUGCUCAUCAUCCUAGCCGUCAGCUCAGACCCCCACCUCCACACCCCCAUGUACUUCUUCCUCUCCAACCUGUCCUUUGUAGACAUCUGUAUCACCUCCACCAUCAUCCCAAAGAUGCUGUGGAACAUCCAGACACAGAGCCAAGUUAUAUCCCAUGAAGGCUGUAUGAUUCAGAUGUAUUUUUUCAUGCUGUUUGCAGGGUUGGAUGACUUCCUCCUGACUGUGAUGGCCUAUGACCGCUUUGUGGCCAUCUGCCACCCCCUUCACUAUACGGUCAUCAUGAACCCACACCGCUGUGGAAUUCUGAUUUUGGUUAGCUGGAUCAUCAUCGUCUCCUUAUUUUACUGUACAUGCCUAGGCGUGUACCUUAGCUCUGCUGCUCCCCACCGCUCACACUCAAGUGCAACAGCCUCAGUGAUGUACACUGUGGUCACACCCAUGCUGAACCCCUUCAUCUACAGUCUGAGGAACAAGGAUAUUAAGAGAGCUCUGAGAGAGUUCUUUCAAAUAUCAGCUAUAGAAAAAUGUAAUUCACCUGGGCUGAAGAAAGGCCUCAGAACCAUAAAUUGCUAA